AUGUCUUAAAUCUUGAAGAAGGCAACUAAAUACAGAACUGUAUCUACAAUACUCCAACAUGGGGAAGCCCAUUUACGUGAUCCAUAUACACUACCACCUGAGAUCAUUACUCCACCUCCACCAAGAAAAGAGAGAAAGCCAGAUGAUAUUACUGAUUUCCCAGAGUAAAAAUUCGUACUUCUACCCGAAUCCAUCCCAUAUCCUGAAGGAAAGUACCGUCCUGCAUCAGUGCCUUAUGUUGCUGGUUUCUAUCCUUAUAAUUGCUAUCUUUAGAAGGGAAAGAUUUACCAAUGGUGUUCAUGCGGCAUUUCAUAAUCGAAUCCUUGGUGUGAUGGAAUGUGCAAUGCCUCAGUAACUAGAAAUAGACCAAUUAAAUUUAAUGUCGAUACUUCUGGAUAUUAUAAAUUGUGUAAUUGCAAACAGAGUGCAAAUGCUCCCUUCUGUAAUGGCACACACAGAUAAGUGAUUCGUCAAUAUCAUGAUGGUUUUAGAGGAUUCUAUGAACUUUGGGGGUGGGCUGCCUUUAUGGGAACAACAGGAUUCAUGAUUUGGAAUUUCCACAAUUGAAAGCAAAUAUCAUUAGAACAACAAUAUUAUCAAAAAUAAAAUUUCACUAA